AUGACAGAUAAUCUUUCGAAAAGUAUAAAAUCAACUGAACAUGAAUUAUCUUGGGCGAAUCGAGGUUUAAAAGGCAAUUGCGCUGCUGACGUGAAAGACCUAUGCGACGAAAUUGUCAAGUAUAAAAAAUUAAAAGCAUUACGUCUUGAAGGUAAUACAAUCAAUGAAGAAGCAGCAACUGCAAUUGGCAAAGCUUUAGAAAAGCAUAGUGAAGUCGAACGUUUAAUAUGGAAUGAUCUAUUUACAACUCGACUUAAAACUGAAGUACCACCAUCACUAAUUAAAUUAACACAAGGUCUCUUAACAAAUGGAUCUCAUAUAGUUGAAAUAAAUUUAAGUGAUAAUGCGUUUGGUCCAAUUGGUGUUAAAGGUCUUGAAACAUUUUUAUCAUCGUCUGCUUGCUUUACACUUGAAGAACUUCGUUUGAAUAAUUGUGGGAUGGGUAGUAUGGGUGGAAAAUUAUUAGCUGAAGCUUUAAUUGCAUGCCAUAAGAAUAGUAUUGCUGCUGGUGGAAAACGAUUUGCGUUAAAACAAUUUAUUGCUGGUCGAAAUCGUCUUGAAAUCGAAGGUUCACAAGCAUUAGCGAAAGCAUUUGAAAUUAUUGGUACACUAGAAGUCAUUCGUAUGCCACAGAAUGGUAUUCGACCACCAGGUAUCGAAGCAUUGGCUACAGCGUUUGUACGAAAUCGAAAUCUACGUGUCAUCGAUCUCAAUGAUAAUACAAUAACAACGGCAGCACAAAAAUUAGCAUCAGCUAUUGAAAAACUUCCUAAAUUAGAAAUAAUUAAUCUUGAAUCGUCUCUGAUUCGUACGAAAGGUGCCAUUGCUGUUGCUCGAGCGAUUGUUUCACAUAAAAAUCUUCAAGAAUUAUAUCUCGGAUGCAAUGAUAUGCAUACUGAAGGUGGCCUGGAAGUUGCCCGAGCUGUUAAAAACAUGCCAUCAUUAAAAGUAUUGGAUUUGAAUGGAAAUUGCUUUGGUCUUGAUGGUAUCGACGAAGUUCGUAGUGUACUCGAAAAUAAGAGUUUUAUUAAUCAAAUGGCAUUUAGUGAUGAUGAAGGUAGCGAUGAGGAAGAAGAAGAGCAAGACGAUGGAAAUGAAUCUGAUGAUGAAGAAGAUGUUGAAGGAGAAAAUGAUGAAGAUUAUCAAGAAGCAGAAGAAGAACAAGAUGAAAACGAAUCACCAUCGUUCUUUUUCGGCACGAAUCCUAUCCAACAGACAACUGGUUUUCAAUUCGGUGGUUCACCAACGAUUCCAUCGAAACCUGAAACUGUUAAUGGUCUAUCAAAUAUGAUUGCUAAAUUCGAUUUUAAUGUUAGUUCAUCAUUUAGUUUUGGUUUACAACCAACUACGGAUACUAAAGAUAAUAAAUUAUCCAUCUAUAAUAGUAUAGAUAAAGUUAAAGAACAUUUAAAAAAUGAUGAACAAUCAAUUGAACGUGCUAUAAAAUUGCUUGAAGAUAUAUGGAAUGAUAACUCUGUCUUACAAAAUGAUAGUUCAUCUAUUGCUAGAAAUAUUCUAAAAGGAUUAACAUUGACAAAUACAAGCGAACGUAAUUUUAAUGAACGUUUACUUGUUUCGUUAGGCUUUGUUAAAGAUGAACAAACUGGACGUCUACGUCGUGCGAAUAAUCAACCUGAUAAAAUCUAUCAAACACUCAUUGAUAUUAAUCAGCUAUUGCCAAAAUCAACAAAAAAUCUUCUUUCGAUUUUUCUCCAAAAUACUUCGAGCGAUCAAAAUCAACGUGUAUCUGAAUUGAAACGAAAAUUAUUAGUAACAAUGAAAGGAUAA